UUCUCUUCACCAGAACAUUUGUACAGUACCGUGUAAAUACAGUGUUUUUUACAUGUGAUCGCUGGGGGAGUUAGGGUAGUACAUAUUGACAAUAUUUAUCAUGUCAUUCGAAAGUAGUAGGCAGGUGUAGUAUUUUCUGCUUAAAAUCGGUAGAAUAAUCGUAGAGUGUUGUUUUUAUUGUGCGUAUUUAACCGGUAACUAUUUUUCGUCGUACGAAAGUUAAGUUAACUUGGAUUUUUAUACUGCAAGAGUUUUGAACACAAGCUCAUAAUUCUGUGGCAGAUGUGUACUUUUCUUACAUAAAAAUGAAUCUACUGCCUAACAGCUCCAAGGAGUUCAGUACAGCUGAUUACUGGGAAAAAUUCUUCAAGCAAAGGGGAGAUAAAGCUUUUGAAUGGUAUGGGACCUACUUGGAUUUGUGUGGCAUCCUACACAAGUACAUCAAACCAAAAGAUAAGGUUCUUGUUGUAGGUUGUGGCAAUUCUGAACUGAGUGAACAGAUGUAUGAUGUAGGUUACCGGGAAAUAAUCAACAUUGACAUUAGUGAAGUGGUGAUCACUCAUAUGAAGGAACGCAACUCAGUCCAGAGGCCUAAAAUGGCAUAUAUUACAAUGGACUUAAUGCAGAUGGAUUUUGAGGACUCUUGCUUCCAAGUGGUUCUAGACAAGGGCACGUUAGAUGCCAUCAUGACAGACGAAAGUGAAAAGACUGUAGAAAAUGUUAACAGGAUGUUUUCUGAGAUUGGACGGGUCCUUCAGGUUGGUGGUCGUUUUGUGUGCAUUUCACUUGCUCAGGAACACAUCCUGAAGAAAGUGGUAAAUUAUUUUUCUGCAGAAGGGUGGAUGGUGAGAGUUCACAAAAUGGCAGAGAAUGAGGAGAACAUGCGAGAGAGACAGUUUGUGAUGCCAGUUUUUGUGUUUGUAUGUACAAAAUUUAAACAGAUCCCUGGUUCUACAAUGAUCCUUGAAAUCUGCAUUGAUGAGCAGGACCGACCCUCAAGAUUGGAAAGUACUAGUAAGCUCAUUGCUGCUGUGAUGGAAAGGCAGCACUAUGCCCUUUUGAGAAAUAAGUUAAAGAUGAGGUCUCAUGACAGCGUGUCAUUGAAUUUGUGUGAAAAAGACACUAGUAAGACUCGUUAUACUCUCCAUGUUGUGGACUGUCCCAGUGUGAAACCUUCACGUACAAAUAUCUUUGCCAUUUUUAUAGUUCCUCAGGGCAGAGAAACCAAAUGGCUGUUUGCAUCGGAGGAAGGACGGAAACAGCUUGCAGAGAGUGCUGCUUUCCAGAGGUUGAUAAUCGUAACACUACACCGAGACCAGCAGUAUGAGAGUCUGCAGGCCAUUCAGGAUGAACUGUCACAGAAGGUGAUGGAACUUGCUCCUCCUGACCUCCCUGCCAAUGUACAGGUUCCUUUUCUUUCAGAAGGUGGAGAUAUUGGAAUCCGCACAGUGCGUCACAAAGGCACCAGUGACACAAGUGGAGAAUACGUUAUUGAAGAUGUAAAGGGAGAGGAGGGAGAAUUUUUUCGCCAGCUUAUUUUCUUGAGUAACUCCAGUCUGGUGCAGUCAGAGGCAAAACUGAUGCCAAGCAAAGUUCAGUCGGUUCCUAAAAAGAAGCGGAAGGACAAGAAGAAAACGUCUACAUCUGAUUCCGUGCAGAUCCCUUCCUCUCAAGGGUUGGUCAUUGACAAGAGUUACCUAUGUUGUGAGCAUCACAGGGCAAUGGUCGCAGGGAUGGCAUUUCUGGAACAUCCUACAUCUCUGACAGAGAUCCCCAUGUCUGUAUUAGUGGUAGGACUAGGGGGAGGCAGUUUGCCCCUCUUCAUCCACGAUUAUUUCCAACAUGCAUAUCUUGAAAUAGUUGACAUUGACCCUUUCAUGCUUGAGGUGGCUACUCAGUGGUUUGGCUUCUCACAAGAUGACAGGAUGAAGGUACACAUAUGUGAUGGCCUCGACUACAUCCAGAGGUUGACAGAAAAUGAUGGCAUUCAUUACCAUGUGAUAAUGUUUGAUGUAGACAGCAAGGACCUUUCUGUUGGGAUGAGUUGCCCUCCUGCACCUUUUGUGGAAAAAUCUUUUUUGCAAAAAGUUCGGUGUGUUCUCGCACCACAAGGAGUCUUUAUUCUUAAUCUGGUAUGCAGAGAUGCCAUUCUGAAGGAGAAGGUUGUUGGUGUCAUUAAGGAGGUCUUUCCUUUGGUGUACCUGCGUGACAUUGAGGGAGAAGUGAAUGAAAUAUUUUUCUGUACUCUUAGUGCUGAUCCAACGAUACACCGUUCUGGCUUUCAGAAACAAGCACAGAGCCUGGAGAAUAAGCUCAGGAGACCUGGUAUCAAGUGGGACAGCACCUACAGUUUGUCAAAACUGUUACAAGAAGUGAAGCUGGCAUGAAACAUUUUUGGUCUUUAGGGACAGCAAAUUCCUUCCUCCAGUCCACAUAAAUGACAAUAAAUCUGUUAGAGACAAGGAGAACACAUAAUUGCUGCUUUGACUAACAAAGGAGUGAAUGUUUCAUCAUGAUGAGAAAAUAAAAUUUUAAUUUAUGA